AUGGCUAGCGCGGCAGAAAGUGAGGAGCCACAGGCGGCAACGCGUCGCGAUCUGUAUGAAGUGCUGGGGGUAGCACGAGAGGCGACGGACGACGAGAUCAAGAGCGCGUAUAAGAAGCUCGCCCUCAGGUUCCAUCCUGACAAGAACGCCAAUGAUCCGGAAGCGACAGACAAGUUUAAAGAGGUCGCUUUUGCCUACAGCAUUCUAUCCGAUCCUGACAAGCGCCACCAGUACACGAUCAGAGGCUUCGACGCGGUGAACAUGGAGGACAUGGACGACUCGCUUGAUCUGUCGGGACUAAGUACCUUCAACACGGCCAUGGUCGCGCUCUUCAGCAAGUUAGGCGUGCCAAUAAAGACGUCAGUGUCGCAGGUCGUGCUGGAGGAGGCUUUAAGCGGGACUGUCACUCCACGCACGCUGCCUCUGGGCGGAUCGAUCAGUGACAGGGUGGAGAAGCAGAAGGCGCAUUUCUACAGUGUGACGCUGACGGAAGAGCAGGCCAAGAGUGGCCUUGUUGUCAGAGCCACGUCGUCCGCAUCAGGCAAAUUCAAGCUACUAUACUUUGACUGGCGAUCAGAGACAGGAGGGCUGGACCUAUCCAUGCAGGAGAGCAGCAUCAAGUACGGCAAGUCGUCACAAGCAUGCCUCUUCUUCCUCGGCUUCCAGUGCUACCGCUACGACCCCACUGCCAGUGCUUUGGAGAUGGCGCGAGACCCUGAGACGUCUCUCUUUUACCGCCUGGAUGGCCUGUCCAAGUGCGAGGUGAACGAGCUCAAGGACGGCACACAUGUCUUCGCUGUCUACGGUGACAAUUUCCUCAAGGGCACGUCGUACACGAUAGAGGCGGUGCCAGUGCAGGCGGACUCGCCAGCAGUGGCGGAGCUGCGGCGCGUGGAGGCGGAGCUGGUGGGCAAGAAGGAGCGCGUGCGCAAGUUCGAAAAGGAGUUCCGUGAUGCUGUGGCAAAAUACGUGGAAGUGGUAACACAGUACAACACAGAGAAGGAGGAAGUAGAUGACCUAUUAUCCAUGCGCUUUGCCACUAUGGAGAUGUUCACUGCUGCCAACAUGGGAGUGGGCCCUGUUGCCGACCCCCGCAACCCCUCUGCUUCAUCCCCUUCUGCAAACGGCCGGCCGGGGCCGUCUUUCUCUGGGUCUGACGAUCAGCAGUUGCAACAGCAAACCAGCCGUUCCAAAUCCAAAAAGUGGUUUCCUUCGUUCCUCAAGACCUCGUGA